GAGCCGUGGGAGCCGCUGCUGCCUCCUGGCUGAGCCCUGGGGGCUCGGCGGGAAGACGAGGCCAGGCAUGGGCCUGAUAUUCGCCAAGCUGUGGAGUCUCUUCGGUAACCAAGAGCAUAAAGUAAUCAUAGUGGGCCUUGAUAAUGCUGGAAAGACUACUAUUCUUUACCAAUUCUUAAUGAAUGAAGUGGUUCAUACUUCUCCAACCAUAGGAAGCAAUGUAGAAGAAAUAGUGGUGAAAAACACUCAUUUCUUAAUGUGGGAUAUUGGAGGACAAGAAUCAUUACGGUCAUCAUGGAAUACCUAUUAUUCAAACACAGAGUUCAUCAUUCUUGUUGUUGACAGCAUUGAUAGAGAGCGACUUUCUAUUACAAAAGAAGAACUUUAUAGAAUGCUGGCUCAUGAGGAUUUACGGAAGGCUGCAGUUCUCAUCUUUGCAAACAAACAGGACAUGAAGGGUUGCAUGACAGCUGCUGAGAUAUCUACAUACCUCACCCUUAGCUCCAUAAAGGAUCACCCGUGGCAUAUUCAGUCCUGUUGUGCUUUGACAGGAGAAGGAUUAUGCCAAGGCUUGGAGUGGAUGACCUCCCGUAUUGGAGUGAGAUAGUUUUGGUUUUGUUUUGUUUUCUUUUUUUUUUUCCUCCAAAAGAAGAGACUUCUAUUUAUCCUGUGAACAUGUACAUUUUUCUGUACUUCUGGCUGCUGAGGCAGUGACCAUGUUUAAUUUAUAUCAGCCAACUCCCAAGCUGUACUUGAAUCAAGUGCAGUUGAACUGAAACACAAAGUAUUUUCUUAACUUUUUUUAAUACACUAAACUGGAUGAACAUAUGUGAAUCUGUUUUUAAGCAUUGAAAUUCCUCUGAAUGUGUAUUCUAACUUUUUCAAUGAUAGCUUUCUAAAAUCUGUUUUGUCAUUGUCAAUAUUUCAUACUUCCUCUUUCUAAAUAGUUUAUAUAAUUUACUAACAUAAAUGAGCGCAGUUUGUUUAAUAAUGAAAAAGUAGUGAGUAGGUUGACUUUACUCUGGCAUAGCUUUAGCCUCUGAGGAUAACCGUAUCUCCCACUGGGCCUCCUGGAACAUCAGUGGAGUUCUAGCCAGCACGGGAGUUAAUAGUUAUGAAUGCAAAUUUUUAAAUGCUGAUCGAGUUAGUUACUGUUAAUAUUGUGGUGGCUUUUAACCUGGUAUAUAAUUGCAAUUCUGCCUUAAAAGAAAUCUAUUUCAUUCUCAGUUUCUCUGGUAAGUAGUUCUAGGACAUGAUGCUUUUUCUUUUCCUUGAAAAUACAUCUCUGUACAGUGGAUACAAAUUUUGUUACUAAGUGCUAUUUUAGUGAUUUAGAACUUGAAUAUCUUUUUAAAAAUAAACCUCUUGAUAAUUAAAUUUGGAAUCAUGGCAGCCAGUGUUACGUGUAGCCUUGCUGUAAUCUGUUAAAAUUUUAAAUACAGUAUACAUGAGCCUUCCUCACCUUUUAGUGAGACUGCUGUUUUCUAAAUGAAUGCAAAAUGAAAGGGAAGCCACAUUUUUAAACAGAACAAAAUCAUGGUGCUGUAUCUGUAGGCUUCAGAGUGAAGCUAAUCUUGACAUUUAUUUACCUGCUAUCAAAUACGUUUUCGGAUUGUGUUGCAGAGAAAAUACUUUGCCUUAAUUUUUGGUUUUAGUCUUAUUUGCAGGAGCAGAGAACUUUUGAUGGUAUUCAAGUUAGAUUUAUUCACUUGAAAUUUAGGAACUGAAAGUUGAAAAAGUAGAGAGCUUCCAUUUGAAAAACAUGUGUUGAAAGAUCAGACCUAGUAACUCUUAAUUCAAUUUGAAGGGGGUGAAGUUAGAUCUGCAAAGAGAAUCUAAAGCUAUGGAUAAAGUUAAUUGAGAGCAUUAGAUGCCAAAAAAACCCCAAGCACCAAAUGCUGAAAGAAAAUCUGAGAAAAAAAUAAGAAAACAAAACAGUAGUGGACACCCAAUUUCUAGUGAAAUCCCAGCAGCAGUCAAGGAUCUAACCUACAUAAAUGCUUGGCAGGCUUUCCAAAAGCACCAUUCUGCACUUUUGCAUGCCUAAAAACCAUGUGGGGUCAGGUUACUAGAACCAUUAUGCUAAUUGACUAGUGUCCUUUAAUGACAAAAUGUUUUUGAUAAAUCUUGUUUUGAUAAUUCAAGCAUACUGAAUUUUCUUUAAUAAAAUUUUAAGUUUUGUAAAUUUCAGUUUGAUACCAUUUUUAUUUGAACAAAGCUUAAUGAAAUUUUAAAAGUGUCUCAAAUGUGUUGUCAUAAGUGUUAAAAAGAAGACUUUGAAUACAUGUGGAAUAAGUGAUUGGUUGAAUGAAGUUAUAUAUUAAUGGUGGUUAGCAAAAGUCACAUUUAGGAGAAAGACUAUGUUGAGUGUCAAGUCAAAAUGCUCAGAAAAUAAUUUACAUCAGUGAAAAGUAGUGCUUAAAGAAAAAAGGAAUGCAAGGCAAGAUUAAAAUGUGAUAAUAAAGCUUCUUGGUGCGGUGUUCAUGCUAACAACUGUUCUAUUGUGUGAAAAUAAGAUUUGUUUUGUUCUUAGGGAAGCAAAUCAUAAAUGAAAAAAAUAAAAUGAUACUGUG